UUUUCUUCGAAAGGAUGUAAAAUGGGUGAAUGUGAUUAUGAUCGUUCUCGUCCACGUACAAGCAGUUUGCACGUUGUUCACUUUCCCAUACAUUCAGCAUGGCAAAACUACCUUGUGGACCCUUUGUAUCGGUUUGAUGGCGGGUUUUGGUAUCACGGGCGGAAUUCAUCGUUAUUGGAGUCAUAGAUCCUACAAAGCUAAUACGCCGUUAAAAAUCAUCCUAACAAUUUGUUACUUAAUGGCUGGUCAAAACUCAAUGUAUCAAUGGGUGAGGGAUCACCGAGUUCACCACAAAUAUUCAGAAACUGAUGCUGACCCUCACAACAGCAACCGCGGAUUUUUCUUCUCGCACGUUGGUUGGCUUAUGCUUAAAAAACAUCCCGAAGUUCUUAGAAAGGGCAAGCAGAUUGACAUGAGUGAUAUUGAAAAUGAUCCCGUUGCCUCGUUUGCUGAGAGAUAUUUUAUGCCCUUGAAACUUAUGGCCUCCUUCAUUAUACCUAUGGUCGUGCCGGUCUACUGUUGGAAUGAAGAUUGGUACUAUGCUAUUGUAUCUCAGAUAACCAGAUAUGUAUACGUGCUCAAUGCCACGUGGAGCGUUAAUAGCUUUGCCCAUUUCUUUGGUAAUAAACCGUACAACAAAGUCAUCGCACCAGCCGAAAAUACAUUUGUGUCUUACAUCGCGUUCGGCGAAGGUUGGCAUAAUUACCACCACACUUUUCCCUCGGAUUAUAGAGCAGCCGAGCUUGGAGGAGGACGAGUCAACAAGACUACGAAGAUAAUCGAUCUGUUCGCAAAAAUUGGGUGGGCCUACGAUCUCAAUGUUCCCUCGGAUUCUCUCGUCAAAGCAAUCAUUGCUAAUCGAGGAGAUGGAACUCACGAGAGCUUGAGAAACGAGACCUCGAAAGACAAGUAAACCUGCCAAAGACUUUGACGUGCGUGAAAAAUAAUUUUUACAACAUCCAAGUGCCAAUGUUUUUUUUUUUUUUUUUUUUUUUGUUUUUUACUAUAAUUUAGUUAUUUAAUUGCGAAGACUCGAUCGACGGUUCUCUCAUUUAUCACGUGGUUACUACAUCUCAAUACGGUUAUAUUUUUUUUUUAAAACAUCAUAUUCAUUUUUGCAUCAAUUGGAUACAUCGUGGUGUGCUUUAUUUAUUCCAAGUAUGCAUCAAAUUUCAUUGUGAUGAUGACCACGAGAGACAUUUCAAAUAAUCUUUUCGACAAAUCGACAUAAAAAUUGUGUACAUACAUGUCUAAUUGUUAUAGUCAAUAUUAAUAAAUGUUAUUGAAAACUCAUAAAUAGAUGUAUAUCUUUUUUUCCACGUGCAUCUCACAUUCAAAUAUAUUCAUUUAUAAAUAUACAUUCAGCCCGUUUGUAUAAA